UUUUUUUAAUGAUAAAAAAAAAACCUGUUGAAAUAUACUGUUGAAGGACGCAUAAAAAGAAACAUAAAGAUAAAAAGAGAAAGAAAGCAAAGCCAGGAGAGGGAAGAAAGAGAAGAGAGCAAAACAAAAACACAGAACUUCUUUUGUCACUGGUGGUGUCUGAGGCAUGCACGUCUGGUCUGUUGAUCAUGACUCUUGGGGGUCUCUUUGCAUGUCUGUUCUAUGAACUCAGGGAUUCCUGCUGAUGAAUCGAGGUUUAAAGAGAGAGAACUUCGGGGAAAAAGUGAAUCAUUUUCUUCCUCUUUUUUUUUUUGGUAUUUCAGUUGAUGUUUGGAAAUGGAAGUGAUGACAGAACUAUAGUGGAAGCAGAGGGGUUCUUGGAUCCUAUUCUCCGCUCUGUUGUUUCUGGGUUUACUUAAUAUUGUGAUUUUGACUGUACUAGCACCAGUCUUUUGCAUCUCUUUCCCUAGUAUAAACCUUCAAAGAAGCCACUUAUUCAAGAGUUUCUUUCAUAUUUCGGAGCUCGAAGCUGGUCUUGAUCUUAGCCCCUGGAAUUCAUGCAUACUUCUGGGUAAAAAGCAAAAAUCCUUCCAGGUAAAUCUCCUGUCAUUUUUAUUUAUUUAUCUUGAUUUUUUAAUUAAAUUUGGUGGCAAGUCAUUAUUUUUUUUUAUAUAUCCGUACUCACUGGCGUUAUAGUAUUCGAUUUAUGCUAAAAAAGAGAUCAAGAGCAGCAGCAAGCAAGCAAGCUCUAAUGUCACAGCAUAGCUCAAUCCCAUCUCCAGCAGACAAAUUCAGAAAACCUACUUCAUUUCCGAAAUUGCUAACCGCCUUCACGUUCAAGAACUUCUCAGAAACGUCAGAGGCAAUUAUGAGCCCAACUUCAAUUCUUGAUAGCAAGCCCUUCUCAGGCCUCAAAAACCCCUUCUGGCCUGACCCAAAUCCCAGUCCUAAAACCCCGGAACCUGAGACCAGGCGCCACUGGGACAAACUAGACUCCAAAGGCAUUGGCCUUGGCAUUGUCGAUGCUCUUGAUGAUGAAAAAACUGACUCCAAUUUGUCGAAACCCGAAAGCAGAACAGUUCUGUUUGGCUCACAACUAAAGAUCCAAAUCCCUCCCUUUCCCCCAUCAUUUCUUUCACCAACAGAUCAAUCUCCCAAAUCUCCAGGUGAAUUUGGUAUUAAAACAAGAAACUCUCAAUUGGGUUCUUUCUCUUCUGGGUACUCCCCUUCUCCAGUGAAAAAAUCAUUAUUCGGAUCAGCUAAUUCGGGUAUGGAAACUCCUAAUUCUCCCCGGGUCUUCGCCGGGUGCCUUUCUGCUAGUGAAAUGGAGCUCUCUGAGGAUUAUACUUGUGUAAUAACCCACGGGCCUAUUCCUAAAACUACUCAUAUUUUUGACAACUGCAUUGUCGAGAGUUGCUGUGGUGUUGUUGGCUUCUCUACUUCUUUAAAGAAAAACAAUAAUAGAUUUUUGGGUGAUGGGUCAAGUUACUCGCCUAAUAAUUUCUUAAGCUUCUGCUCUGCUUGCAAGAACAAUCUUGAGCAGGGAAAAGACAUUUACAUGUACAGAGGGGAAAGAGCAUUCUGCAGCAGUGAAUGCCGGUACCAGGCGAUGCAGUUAGAGGAGGGAAUAGAUGGAGUGGAUCCAGAUGAUGCUUAAUUAUGGAACUUGUUCCUGAUACUAGUUUUCAUAACUUUGAGCAGUCUUCCUUGCCUGAAAGCUGGACCCACCCAGGAAAUAAACCAACUGCUCUCUUAUAAGGGUAACUUUGCAGGACUACUACCUAAUUUUUGUUUCAAUUGAAGACGAAUGUAAUUGAUAAAAGCGUGAGCAAAGAUGGUAGGAAAUUCAAUGCCAUGCUCGAAUCUGUUUUCAUGUUUUCUCCUUUGUUUUUUCACUUCAUUACUCUCCUUGUAGAGAAAUAGACAGCGACCCAGAGGCUGAAAUAUGGCCUGUAAAUUUGAUUUUAAUGAAGUGAUAAUUUUGGUGAA